UCCUUCCGGAGCAGUCGGUCGAGAAACAGCUUUCUCGCCUUUCUCCAAUAACGGAGCCACACUGGAAGAGAUUUGGAGCACUUAUCGUAAACCUCUCUUGGACUGCUACUUGGUCCAACAAGCGUUUACAAAAUUACCAAUUGUGUACCUCGAUAAAACUUUAAGAACAUCACUUUGGUGCUACUUACUGCAUCUUAAAGUCGUCAAACGGUCUAAAAGCUGCUGCAAAGAACGACUACCACCUUUGUCUUACAAUCCAACUACACAGCUUGACCCGUUUGUUGGUCGUACAUAACUGUGUAUGUACAAACGGGUGGUUUGAAGCCAAAUCACACAUUAGUCUCGUCUUGUACACACUCUGGUGAAGAAAGUGAAUGAAAUCAGAACAGAUCUUUCGACUCACUUUCUCUUUGGAAUGCCCCAGCAAAUUAGUCCGACUUCUGGUUCAUACGACUACGUGUACAUUAUAGUGAAUUGAAUCUCUGAGGAGCAGCAAAAUCCAGACUAAAAAGCUUCUUCUUCUUGCCUGCUCUGUCAGGGGCACAAAUGGGCUCAUUUUUCUUUUGCAAGUUAACCAAGAAAGCAUUCACAUAGAAAAAGGAAUAACAUCAUCGUCAAGUGCUCAUCAUCAUCAUCAUGUCCGGCGAGUUCUACAUAUCUUGAGCAGCUGACUUUUUCACAUCUUUUUGGGUAACAAUGGCGACUAUCGUGACCCCAGAGGAGGAUACUUUGUCUCCCGUCUCCGAGGACGCACCUGGUCCUCCAGCAAAACUUUCCUCCAGCGACGAACUUUCUUCCAACAAGAAUGGCAGCGGAGUUGUUGGCUGUGGGGGUGAAAGUAACCACGAUGUCCGGGAGCCAGAAGUGAACGGUGGACGCGACGGUGUUGCUCUAUCGGAGGAAAUUAUUCGUGUUCAAGUUGGUGCUGUGACCAAGAAGCUUCAAAACGUUGUUGUGGUAGACGACGACGACGACGUUCCUGCCAACUGUGAUUUGGUUGAAGAAAAUUUGUACUUGGGAAAUUUGGCAGCAGCCUGUGACAUCCACCUAUUAAAAAAAUAUCGGAUAAGUCACAUUCUUACAAUAGAUUCAUGCCCCCUUCCCUCCAAAAUCCAAGAUCUUCCACAAGUCACCACCAAGUUUCUGAAGGUAAGCGACAUGCCAAGGGAGGAUAUUUUGCAAUACUUUGAUGACACGAACGAGUUUAUCGAUUCUGCUCUCAGGCUCAAGAAACGCGUCCUGGUUCAUUGUUAUUACGGGGUCUCCCGGAGUGCCACAUUAGUGUUGGCGUACCUCAUGCAAAAAUAUAGACUUUCCCUGGAGGAGGCGCAAAACAGACUCGAGCAACGACGCAGUGUGGUGGGUCCUAACUACGGAUUCCUAUCUCAACUCAAACUUUACGAAGUAAUGGAGUACAAAAUCCAAAAGAAGAACCUCUUUUUCAAAAGGUUUCGACUCCACGUCGCCUCCGACAAGUUGAAAGCAGCAAAAGUGUUAUCCACUCCGUACAAAGAUGUGAUAAAACCGGACCCUGCUCUUCUUUGUGUCUCACCCGAACCCGUCGUCUACCAAUGUCGACGUUGUCGGCGAAUUCUGGCCUGUGCGACAAAUAUUUUGCCCCACACGGAAGGAAAGGCUCCAAUUUGGUCUGAUUUUCCUCGCCCCCAACUGGACAACAGCCAACAACUGGACGAGUCGGUGGCCACGGGGGCUGGACCCUCGGACGCCGAAGGGGAGAGCGAGGGUGAGAGCAGUGGUGGUGCUGGGAGUGGUCCUCCCCCCCUUCAACAGCACCUCAUCCUGCCACCACCUCCCAUCUGCACCCAAAUGCUGUUCAUAGAACCACUCGCCUGGAUGACGGAUGUAACACAGAAUUUACAAGGAAAGUUGCACUGUCCUAAUGCCAACUGCAAGUCAAAAUUGGGGUCCUUUAGCUGGGUGAUGGGGUGUCUGUGUCCGUGUGGUGCAAAAGUACAGCCAGCGUUCUAUUUGGUGCCAUCAAAAGUGGAUCGCUCUACUUCAGUUCUUAACAUACAAAUUACAAUUUGAAAGAGUUUGAAAAAUAUCAUGAAGAAAUACUUACAACGAAUAUUUUGUGACAUUAUUGAUAAGCAUGUAAUAAAUAGUAAUAAUCAUACUCGUACUACAUACGUUAUACCAGAAAGUUUCUGGCAGAAGCAAUGCUGAAACCGAGAACUAAACUAGUUCUCAUGAAAUAUUUUUUAAAGAAUUGAAAACGCGAAGCAAUAUGUACUUACGCAUAUAUUCAAGACUUCCUAUUAUUAAACUUUAAUAAAUGGCUCUAACUUUAUUUGUCCACGUAUUUAAAAAAAUAUUCAUCCAUACCAGCGUAACAUGUACAAUGCCACCAACAAGUGUUAAUAAUAACUAUCAUCUAUCAUUUGACUAAAAAUGAAAAUAAAAAAAAUGUAUCUAAUA